AUGUCAGAUAAGCCUCCAUUGCCCUCAAGAGACUCUCUACAACAGCAAGACGACGAUCUCCAAACAGCUUUGCAGCUCUCAAAGCAGGAAUACGACGGAGAUAGCAAUUAUGAAGCUUCUAUGAGCUCAUCCACCCAAGCCCCAGGCUCGUACGUAGCGCCUCCAUCGAAAACGGCAUCAUCAUCACAAGACAAGGCUGAGAGCGGUGGAAAGUCCGUGCACUCCGUAGCAUCUAAGCAAUCUGCUCCCCGUCUCCACCAAAAUGUCGCCGCUAGACAGUCCAACGCACCAGCACCAGCGACAUCCACGGCAUCCACAACAUCACCCUCGAUGACGCAAACAGCCGAUAAAAACAUCGAUGACUACUUUAUCGCUAACUACCUCACCUUCUUCGGCAGACAUAUCAGCUCCGUCUCAGCGGCAUACAGCUCGAGCGAGGCGUACAAAUCGUACACGGACGCACCCAAGUUGAGUGACUACGCGUACAAGACUGAAGCACAGCUGCUCAAGGAGAGGACAUUAGCAGCAGCAAAGCGUAAGGAAGAAGCAGAUGUGGAAGUUGAGAGGAAGCAGUACGAGGACAAGGCAGCGAAUGACGGGUUUGUGGAUGAUAUUAACCACGAGACGCGCGACGGUGCUGACCACGAGGAGGGUGCGUGGUCCAGCGCAGAUGUCUACUCGCACAGCACCACCAACUUGGUUGAUGUGCAGGGUGAGAAGGAGGACACACAGAAAGAGAAAGAGAAAGACCAAGACCAAAACCAAGACACGGACGCAGACGAAAAUGAAGAUGAAAAAAACCCACAGCAACGCGUAGACUACCUCGCCUACGGCCUAGCCUGGUUUCUCUUCAAGGCUGAGCAAUACCUUCCGGUCGAGCUGGAUCAGAACCCACACCAAAAGUUCAGAUACGCCAAGCUUGUGUCGAAUGUCGAGCGUCUGUAUGUCAAUCUCUCCGGUAACGCUGUCGCGGAAGGUAUGAAAUGCUUUGGUGAUGUAGUUAUGUGGAAGAACCGUGCUGUGACAUUUGCAGUGUUGGUUGUGUACCUCAUCCUCGUCAUGUCCGAUAUGCUGCUGAAUGUUGCGCUCGGCGGUGCGCUGAUUGCGCUCGUGGCGAGGAGAAUCUUUCCCCCAACCUCCUCCUCCCAGCUGGCCAGUCGAAAGGAUGAACACGAGCGCGCGCGAGAGAUAGUCGAACUCGAGGAAGAGUACGGUCUGAGCGCAGAAGGUACAAACGCUCCAGGCAAGCGCGAGAAAAAUAUGAAAGAAGCCUACAAAGCUAUCACGCAGUCCCACGGACGUGAAAUUCAAUUAGUGACUGGAGACCUAGCCGAUUUUGUGGAAAAGAUGAAAAAUUUAUACCUCUGGAGAAACCCAAAAGCUAGUCGCAACUUUGUCUUGAGAGCUCUAUUACCCGCAAUCGUUGGAUUGCAGUUUAUAUCACACGCAGCAUUGGUUAGAGGCGCAUUGGCAGGACUUGGAUUGCUCGUUCUCGUCGGUAUACCCAUUACGAUUCACUACCCUCGCUACAGACGCAUGGCGUGGAACAUACCCGAAGUGCCAACAGAUGCACAGUAUGCAUUGAGCGUGAUGCGUGAGCGAGUACGCAGAAAUGAGCCUCUACCUGUUCUCGUCGAUCCAUUCGCCAAGAGCAACAGUAAGAAAGACAAGGCGGAGAAGGAGAAGGAGAAGGCGAAGAAGAGCACAGCUGAUCUGAGCAUCACCCAAGAAAGUGACAAAGGCGACGACAAAGAGAACAAUACUGCUGCAUCAGGGGAUGGUGAUAGCGAUGUAGAUGCAGAUGCAAACGCAGAUGCUCAGGUGAAGAGUCCAAAGAAGGGCAGCAAAUGGUCUCGUUUAGCAUCGUCCCUCAAGCAAGGUGGAAAAGCAGCGGAGCGUGGUACAGACAUGCUGAGCCAAGUCGUGAAUGGCGACAAAGGUGUGUUUGUGCGUCAAGCUAGAGAAGUCUGGGCUAGUCGCAACGAUGGUGAUUCGGAGCGCACAACACGAUUACUGACGGGCAACGAUAAUGAAAACGAUGAAGAUAAUAGCUCUGUGAUGACAACAAAACGCAGCAUUGGAUUGGAACCUUCACGCUUAGCCUAUCUACCGCUGAAAUCGAGUCACUUUGGGAUACUAAAGAGCUCACCAGGUACACUCGUACUCAGCUCAAGUGAGCUAACAUUCAAACCAUUCAAGGGACCGAAUGUGGUGGUAGGGCUGGAUGCGCUGGUUGGGAUUAGCAAGCACAGCAGUCUAAGAGUGGGUGUGGAGGUGUCGAGUGGACUUGAAGUGAGCUGGGAAGAAGGGGAAGAAAUCAAGUCGCUAAGUCGCAAAGAGUUGAUAGGCGUGAUGGAGGCACAAAAUCUCAAGACUUUCCCAAAGCAACCUAUCUUCCAAAACUCAAAGACCCGCGGUAACAAGAAGGUUACCAAGGACCGUCGUUGGUACAAGGACGUCGGCUUAGGCUUCAAGACGCCUCAAGAUGCUAUCACUGGAACUUACAUCGACAAGAAGUGCCCAUGGACCGGUGAAGUUUCAAUCAGAGGACGUAUCUUGACUGGAAAGGUUGUCUCUACCAAGAUGACACGUACUAUUGUCAUUAGAAGAGAAUACCUCCACUACGUACCAAAGUACAACAGAUACGAGAAGCGUCACAAGAACCUCCCAGUGCACGCAUCACCUGCAUUCCGUAUUGAAGCAGGUGACUCGGUCGUCGUUGGCCAAUGCCGUCCACUCUCAAAGACUGUUAGAUUCAACGUCCUCCGUGUCAUCAAGAACAAGGCUGCUGCUAAGGCUUUCGCAAAGUUCUAA